CGGGCGCGACAGUUCUACCCCAACCAUUGCCGGCUGACUUUCGCGAGUAACCCGGACCCGAGCGACCCUCCCGCGAGUUCCGUUCGAGGUCGACGCGUUACCCGAUUUCUGCGCGAUCGCUCGCGGGACGAUUCGCGGGACGAUUCGCAAGGGGGACCCCCGUCGGUAUGCGGUAGAGGACGCAUGUUGGAUCGCGUAGGAGAUCGCGUCGCCGAUGCGGACGAGCGCGGACCGUUCGCGGACCAACGAGAGGCCGGAAGCCCGGAGAUAACGGGACGAGUAGCAGGAUCCGUCAACGUUGGACUCGUCGUCCUUACGGCAUGCGGAGACGUCCCGCCGCGGAGCGGAUCGUUCCUUGGUUCUCCGCGUGCGCGACAACGACCGUCUCGCGUUUAAACACCGAACGUCCUCGAGCCUGCGAUCCGAGAUGGGCGCCAGAUUCGAACACUGAGUCCUCCUCCCAGUGCCAAACCCAGGAAUCGCUUCCGUUCCGAGACCAGUCGACGUGGUUCGUCUAGAAUCGGCGACGUGCUUAGAGGACGAGCGUUGUUUCGAUGCUCCCCACGCUGUUCGCUUCGACUUCGGCUUUGAACGUGACCAUCCUCGCGAUCCUCGAUCUCGCGGCGAACCGUUCGACAAUAUUAUCGCGCGAUCUGCUGACCUUGAGCGCGAUUGCCAGCGGAAAACGCCGUGAUGGGACGGGAGGACCGAUAACGGAGGCGGGUAUCGAUCGUUUGCCGCGUCGAAACGCACUCGCGUCGUCGAUCGCGAUCGAGAAAACGGCGCGAGCUGCUACGAUGCAACGGACGAGUUAACGACGCCUCGGGUUUUGCCGUUCCGGCCUCGCGAUCCCUCUGGUCGCUACCAUUGUGUUCGAUGCUAAAUAAUCCUCACACAGCUCUACCUAUAUAUAUAUAGAUAAAUAUAUAUAAAUAAAUAAAUAUAUAUAUAUAUAUGUAUAUAUAUACAGACGUGUAUACAUACAUAUGUUAUCGAAUAUAUGAAUAUUUACGUGCACUCGUUCCGAGUGUUUUCCAAAGGAUCGAUUCUAAUCGCGUUACGCGUUCGAAGAUAAUCAAAUUUAGAAAGAAAUAAAGCGCCGGUCGCUAGAAAAGCCGUAGAUUAAGCAAAAAGGAAACUCGAGAGCCACGAUCUUCGUUAAUUACCGGUCGAACGGACGUCGGCAGGCGUCGCGAACCAAAGAAAAAAAAAGACAAAAAAACAGACUGCCCGAGAAAACCGUGAAUUUAUCUCUCUGUCCUCGAACAAACAUUCUCUCGCCCAAGUUUCAUACUAAUAUUCCUGUUACCGUCGCACCGUUCAAACACCCGUAUAUACCCGUCCCCGUUGCUCCGACUCGUUCCUUCAACGGUAAUAUCGAACGUUGCAACCUCGACGAUUCUUUCGAAAGUACACGUAUAGGUGUUGUUUCUCUCGAUGCUCAAUUACACGCAAGUACAAAGAUCCGCGAGAGCAAAGUCUAUUUUCUCCUAAUCGCGCGAAUCCGUUAUACAACUCCGUCAAAUUCCGACUAAACUCUGUCCAUACUCGACUCGUUUCAACCGACCGUGGUCCGCGGGCGAAACACGCGCGAAGGGGAGCUACCUCAACCUCGCACACGUACUUUAAUUAACGCAUCAUCGUUCGUGCCCGGGAACCCGCGUAACCGUGUGAUUGAUACACCAUCCGUUAACGAAACCGUACGCGGAGCGAUGCAACGUCUCGCAGGCAUCGUUAAAACAAUAAUGUCGCCGACGGUCAAAAGCAUCUGGAGAAGAACGGACAAUCGAUAUGCGAGCGAAGAUCUCGAAGCAAGUAUUUCGAGGGAAAAGUAACGAAGAAAGGCACGCGCAGUCAUGUCAUGGGAAUCCAUUUCCUCGAGAGACUACCUUGGCGGUCCGGCUAGUCAUCAGUUGUCAGCGACCGCGCUGCUGGGUAGUCCGGACGGGUCGCGACAUCCUCUCGACGUGUGCGAGUUCACCGAGGAGGACUACCACCAUCAGAACUCGAACGGGAACGGGCACUAUCAGAACGGUCGAUCCGGAGCUGGUUUCUGGGAAUGUCUGGUAGGCUGUAGACAACGACUGGACCAACACUUUGCUCGGAGGCGGGUGGAGCAAGGCUUGAAGCUGUACCGCGCCCACAAACAACAGGCCGCCGUGCGGAAAUGGUGGGGCGCGCUGAAGAAUAUCAGACAACGCGAGGACAAGUUCGCGCUCCUCGGUUAUUUAUACCAAGCCUACAUGGACUGGGGAAAGUAUAGGGACAGCAUCGAUUUCGGUCACAAGCAAUUAUGCAUCUCGGAGGAGCUCGAUUCACCCAAUAUGCGGGCCGAGGCGUACUUAAACCUGGCAAGGGCUCACGAACGGUUGGGCGCGUUGGACAGGGCGUUGGACUAUGCGAGACACAGUUUAUACAACGAAUGCGACCAAUGCGCGACAGCCGGACUGGUCCACCUGACUGUAGGCAGAGUGCAUUUGGAGCUAGCGGGAUUUUGCAAGGCUCUGGAAGCCUUUCAGAGGGCCCACAAGAUCGCUCACUCCAUUCAGGAUCCGUCGCUGGAGUUACAAGUGUACGUCGGCCUGUCGGAGCUCUUCUGCAGACUACACGACGCCGAUAAAAGCGCGAGAUACGCUGCUAGGGCGUACGAUCUCUCGAGAAGCUUGCAGCUCGGUGAUCUAAACUCGCGGCACCACAGAGCAGCCCUGCUGCAAAUGGCCGCUGCGCUUCGGAAGAAAGGAGAACUCGGCGAUGCGCAUGACUAUUGUUCGGAAGCAACGCGUCUGUCGCUCGUAUCCGGAGAUCAAGCCAGUUACGCGAGGAGUAUACGAAUCAUGGGAGACAUUUAUAGAAAGAAAGCCGACAUAAACAAAGCGUUUCGGCAAUACGAGAGUGCGAUGGGGUCCGCGGCAGCAACCGGCGACCGCCUCUGUCAAAUGGAGGCGAUGGACGGUGCGGCGAGGUGCCUCGAGGCUCUUCGAUUGCAGCACAAGAUAUGUAACUGUCGUCCGCUUGAGUUCAAUACAAGACUGCUCGAAGUCGCUGGAUCGGUCGGUGCUAAGUUCCUGGUGCGAACCGUAAGGUCAAGAUUGUCACGGAUUUACGGGUCCCUUGGCGACGAGGAACACAAGGCUCAUCAUGAGAGAUUAGCAGCUGCGAUGGAAGAAGAUUUGGAGUUACGAUGCGGCGGCUGCAACGAGCCGUUCGGUCUUGAACCGGACUCCUUGGAGGCGCUACCGUGCUCCCACAUAUUGCACGCCAGGUGCGCCUAUGAGAUAUUGAAGCGGCGCGAUAAGAAAAAGAAGCGUCUGUGCCCCGACUGUCACAAGUCGGUUAGUUCACGAUUGUACCUGCAUUGCGAGGAUCCUCACGGCAUGAAUACUUUGAAUCACAGUUCCUUGAGUCUGGCGCCGUUGAGAGCAAGCAGUCUGGCUACACUGGACGAUUGUCACGCCACGAGUAGCGUCUAAGCUACUCACCUGCUGAUAGUUUCACCUGCUCUCUGCGUACACGCGCCUCCUCCAUGCGCUGUUAUUCGUUCGAGCGAGCUCGUUCAAUCUUCGGCGCGUCCCGAGAAACUUGCGAGAAACUUCCUGUUUUUUCCGAGGCAAAAACGCUUUAUAGGUCAGUACAGGGGCCUGUUCCAUUAAGAAAAUUAUGCAUAAGAUUAAAUUACUUUCGAACAGUUCACUUGGCGUCAGUCAUUUGCGCUUUUGCUACUUAUUGUUUUUGGUCACCCUAUAAUAGAAGUCUCUUGUUUGAACGGAAUCGAUACUCAAAAUAUUUGUUGCAAGCCAUGAUCUUAUGCAUAAAGUGCUCUAUAUAUAAGUUGACGCUUCUUAGUAAGUUUAAUCUCACCUUUACACUUGAACAAGUGCAGGAUUCGUUAUCCGAUUCGAACAAUUGAAAUUUCCUUGCAAGAGAAUCCAUUAUCAUCAAAGUUCGAUAAUCGAAGGGCGAGUGUCAGAGAUCGAAAGUUGAACGAACUCGCAUGGUCGCAUCAUGGCCGACGCGACGCGACGCGAGACGAUACGAUACGAUACGAAACGGAACGAUACAGUACGAGAACGCGGCGACCGCAUUUACAUGACCUCGCUUCAACGAGUUGAAAUUCCCGCGAUUCGCCGCUAAUUAAAAGCCACUAGAUUCUUAAAUCUUAAAUAUCGUUUAUCGAUAACAUUACCGAUGAAUUAGGAAACCAAAGUUGAAAGAAACCUAGCACGAUUGGAAAAGACUUAAUGGCAAUAAAAAUGCACGUUCACAUUGUUCGUCGUUCUCGAUGAUUAUUUCCCUUAAAUAUCCCCCCGUCGUUCUAUGAUACCCUUGCGAAACCUUGGGUAAUCAAACAGGGAUAAACUAUACACGUGCUUAUGUUUAUACCGCUAGAGAGAUGUACAUAUUAUACAUACAUAGAUUAUUUUAUAUGUAUACGUUUCCGUUUAUACGUAGACUGAAAACGACGAACGCAGUUCUGGCCGACCUAGAAGAUCUCAUUGGCAAUCUACUGCGAGGACUGCGUUCGUACAUUUCUGCGGACACACAAAGAUAAUGCGUAUAUACUUCGAUAAUGUUGAUUUGUAUCAGUUAUCUACAAUAAUAUUUUUGUUUUUCGGUCA